AUGCCUCUGCAUAGUCUAUUUGGAAAAUCCCUUCCAAAUGAGGUUGCUAUGAUGAUUCGUGUGAGCAAAGGCCCCAGUGUUCCUCAAAUAAUAAAGCUGCUGGACUGGUAUGAGACACAGAAUGAGUACAUACUGGUCAUAGAGCGGCCCACGAAUUGCAAAGAUCUUCGGCAUUAUUUACUGCAGCAUGGUGGCAAAAUAAGCGAAUCAAAAGCACGACUUGUGAUGCAUCAAGUUGUUACUGCUGCACGAAUAUGCUGUGAAAGGGGUGUCUUCCACAGCGACAUCAAGCUAGAAAACCUGCUAAUCAACCAGAACAGCUUGCAGGUCAAAUUAAUAGACUUUGGUGUAAGCAGAUGCUUGAAGAAGUCUGGUUAUUCGAAGUUCAUUGGUACAAUUUAUGCUCCCCCUGAGGCUUUCCACCGAACAUCCAGGCACCACGCCAAGCCGGCCACAGUGUAUUCCUUAGGCAUACUGUUGUUCGUGAUGUUGUUUGGGAAGUACCCUCGCAAGGUGAAACCUGAAAUCCUUGCCAAGACCUUGAGAAGAGCAGAAAUUUCCAAAGAAUGCAGAGAACUGCUCUGUGCAUGCAUGGAAAACGAUCCAGCUAAGAGGAUUGACUUGGAAAAGAUCCUCCACCAUGACUGGUUCCAAGUAAUUGUCCUGAAGCCGCAAAGACAGAACGAGGAACCCAUAGUAAGUUAAUUCACAUGUGGAUUCAUGCGUCCUAAGAAAAAAAAAUGCCAGGCCUGGUCCUCUCUCGUCUUGCACUGCCGUCACUCCUCUUUUUAUCCUUCCGGAGCUCCUCUGUGGGACUUGAGACUGGUGUGGUGGGCAGGUGAUGCUCAUUAGCACUCGUUUCGUUCCCAUGGCUCUUGGCCUCAUCCUGCUUGUCACCCCCAUAACCUCUCGCAGCACCUGGGGGUAAAGGCAGAUGAGGCGAGAGAAAAGGAGAUGGAAGGAAGAGGAGAGACGAGAGAGGGGAGAAAAGAAAAAUUAAUCUUGGUGCGGUUCCCAAAAUGCACUGCCGUCCGGUCCUCCACCAGCUGGGUGAACUCCUCCGCAAUGCCUGGUGGUGGCGCCGAAUGUGUCAGAUGAGGCGAGAGAAAAGGAGAAGGAAGGAUGAGGAGAGACAAAGACGAGAGAGGGGAGAGAAGAAAAAUAAAUUUUGGUCCGUUUCCCAAAACGCACUGUCAUCCGGUCCUCCACCAGCUGGGUGAACUCCUCCGCGAUGCCUGGUGGUGGUGGUUCCUCCUCUGGUUUUUGACAGUGCGUUCCUCCUUCCUCCUGGGUUUCAGCACCAAUGUAGCGAAGUUAAAGGCUCAUGGAAGAAGGAGGUGGGAACCAGCAAAACAAAACAAAAGUAAAGCGGCAGUCAUCCUCAUGAAUUAAGACAAAACAACAACAUAAAAUCCAGGCCUGGUCCUCUCUCGUCUUGGAUCGUAGUCUCUCCUCCUUUUAUCCUUCCGGAGCUCCUCCAUGGGAAUCGAGAAUGGUGACGCUGGCAAGCACUCGUGCCACCGGCCUCGCUCCAUUCCCAUGGCUCUCGCCCCCACCCCCAAUUUUGUGAUGUGGAACAAAAAAACAUCAGAAAAAAACAUCAGACUUCUUUUGAGAAUGUCUUUUUACUAUUUUUCAUUGGGACUUAUACAUCAAUGCAUUGCUUUCACUUGCAUUUAAUGCAAUGUUAAACCAUUUACAGUGUUUCACUGUAUAUCAGGGGUAUUCAAUUAAAGUUCCAUUAUUAAAGAUCCAGCUGAAAUGUAUCUUAUGAUGAUGUGGACAGCAAAGUCCACCUUGAAUCUUCACUCAAAGUUCAGGUUUGAUCAUUCAUUAUAUAUGUGGUGUAUGUGUGGACUCGUAAAAAAAAAAUAAUACAAAGAUCAAACUGUCAUAUUACUUAAGACAGCAUGUUAGAAAAAAAGAAAUAAAAAAGAAAACACUGAAGGACAUUAAUUUAUUUUAAAUAAAUCAUAUAAUUCUUGGGCUGCAGGAGCUUCUGAGCUGGUGUCAAAGUUAUAUGAGAAUGUGCUGUCUGUAUGAUUACUCAUGCUUGCAGUUUAACACAUUUGUUUUAUUAUUCAUACCACAACAGUACAUAAGUGUGACUUAAUAGAAAUGUUAUAAUAUAUUAUCUUGAAUAAGACAAAUAAAAUUAAUCGAGUAAUCUGAUAUUUUUUGUGGU